GAACUAAAAUUUUAGAAUGUUUGAGCAUCCAUCAUCCUCUCAUGGGUUCACCAAAAAUGAGUCUGCAAUGGAGCUUGAAUCCGGAAAUUUCGGGUGCAUUCAUUACCAGAGGAAAUGCAAAAUCAGGGCACCCUGUUGUGAUGAGAUUUUUGAUUGCAGGCAUUGCCAUAAUGAAGCAAAGAACACAUUGGACAUUGAUCCCGUUCGUAGGCAUGACAUUCCGCUACAUGAAAUUAAAAUGGUCAUAUGCUCCCAAUGUGGCACUGAACAAGAGUCUCCAAAAGAAUUUAUAUUUUAG